UUCGCACUUAAAAUAAACGAUGGUUCCUUGAUAGUGAAUUUGAUUUACCUUAAAAUUGAAAGAGAUGAAAAGAAUGGAUGUGAAUUAAAUUUAAAUUAUUUUUUAUUAAAGAACCCAAAUUUAUUUUUAAUUAUUUUCCUUUUAUUUUCGAUUGUUUUCUCUUUAAAAUUUUUUUUUUAUUUUCUGCUGGUCAUCCUCUCGACCUUAUCCUCCCUCCUCUCUUUAAAAUUACAAUUUAAAGAGGACAGUUGUUUCUAGGAAAUUAUUUUUUUAACAAGAGAAUGAAUUGAAUAAAUAGAUUGGGGGAAGAAGUCUAGAAAACGGUCAUUCUCUCUUCCGGUUGAGGGUUUUGAAGUAAUUGAGGGGAAAGUAAAAUUGUUAGUAUUAAAAAUAAAAGUGCGACAGAUGUUCUCUUUUUUUUUUCGUUGACCAUUGACCGGCCAAAAAGACCUAAAUAAUAUUCUUGUGGCCCGGUGGCAAGUAUUAAAAAGUAACAGUGUCCCCCCUUCCCCUCCUUCCCUUUUUCCCCCUUCUUCCCUCCAUUUUUACCCAUCAGUCUGUUUUCUGGUGGCCAACUGCUCCUCCCUUUUUACUACUAAAAUUGUUAGAAGUAAAGGUUUAUGAGGUAGCUAGAUGGACUAAUACAAUGACGUCUGCUGUUAUUAACCUCUCGAGAAUAUCUUGUUUGGACCUAACAUUUAUAUUUAUUCAUUGUCUUAAUUCUAGUAAUUUUUUAAAAUCCAGAAAAUUGGAGUUUUUGUUUGCCUUUUAAAUAAAAUGAAUUUAUUUCGAAAGUUCUUUUGUACCGUAUUGUCUCUAAUAGAAGCACUGAGCGUUUAUCUUUCAAUACCCCGCAUUGGGUGGGCUUCUAAUAGGGCAUGGGCUUCUAUUGGAGACGGGCUUCUAUUGGAGACGGGCUUCUAUUAGACGUUUAUUUCACCAAUUUUUGAUAGUAUUUGGUCAGUAAAGAUUUACUAUUUUAAUAUUUUAUUCAAAUUAUUUAUUACAAGAGUUAAAGACAAAAAUCUUAGUGAUAAAGUUGUUUUCAAAAGAAAUAUACUACUCAAAAAUUGGCAUUUAAUUAUCCCUAGCUAAAAUAAAAUAGUUUAAUUUUUAGAUUAGAAAAGCUAGUCAUUUUUAUAUUUUAUGUCCUUUUCUUUGUUAUUUUCCAAACUUCAGAUUGUUUGUAUCAAAGGAGCGCAAAAGAAAACCCCUUUCUUUUUACUGCUCAUUCAUUCUCGACUGAGGGAAAGCUUUCAUACACACACAAAAAAUAUCGGCCAGCCGUUGCUGCGCCUUGCUUUAGCUUUUUUAUUCUUUUUCCUCAUUCAUUUGCCUCGGCAGCAUUUAAAGCAUUGCUUGCUCUGUUUGCCCAUUGAUUUUCUUGGCCUCUUUUUAGUUACCACCCGAAUAAACCUAAAUAUUCCCCCCUCCUUUCCCUCAUUUCUUACACUUGCAUUCAAGCAUAUAUUUGCUUCUUUUUGUUUUUAG